AUGACCAAGGUCGACCAGAAAGUCGUUCUCAUCGUCAUCGAUGGCUGGGGUGUCGCGGGCCCUAACUCCCGCGCUGACGGUGAUGCCAUCGCUGCCGCCGAGACCCCCUACAUGUCCGGCUUUGCCGAAGCCAACUCGAAGACCGCUCAGGGCUACACUGAACUCGAUGCCUCGUCGCUCGCUGUUGGACUGCCGGAGGGUCUCAUGGGAAACAGUGAGGUCGGCCACUUGAACAUCGGUGCCGGUCGUGUCGUCUGGCAGGACAGUGUUCGCAUUGACCAGACCCUCAAGAAGGGCGAGAUGGGCAAGGUCGACAGCAUUGUCGCAUCUUUCAAGCGUGCCAAGGAGGGCAAUGGCCGUCUGCACCUUCUGGGUCUGGUCUCCGACGGUGGUGUCCACUCCAACAUCACCCACCUGGUCGGUCUGCUGAAGGUCGCCAAGGAGAUGGAGAUCCCUCAGGUCUUCAUCCACUUUUUCGGUGAUGGCCGUGAUACCGAACCCAAGAGUGCUACCAAGUACAUGCAGCAACUGCUCGACCACACCAAGGAAAUUGGCAUUGGUGAGAUCGCCACCGUUGUCGGACGUUACUGGGCCAUGGACCGUGACAAGCGCUGGGACCGGGUUGAGAUCGCCAUGAAGGGUAUCGUUACCGGAGAGGGCGAGGAGAGCUCUGACCCCGUCAAGACCAUCAACGAACGCUAUGAGAACAAGGAGACCGACGAGUUCCUGAAGCCCAUCAUUGUUGGUGGCAAGGACAGGCGUGUGCAGGAUGACGACACCCUCUUCUUCUUCAACUACCGUUCCGACCGUGUUCGUGAGAUCACUCAACUCCUGGGUGACUACGACCGCUCCCCCAAGGCCGACUUCCCUUACCCCAAGAACAUCCACAUCACUACCAUGACCCAGUACAAGACCGACUACACCUUCCCCGUUGCCUUCCCCCCUCAGCACAUGGGUAACGUGCUCGCCGAGUGGCUGGGCAAGAAGGAGGUUAAGCAGUGCCACGUUGCUGAGACUGAAAAGUACGCCCACGUCACUUUCUUCUUCAACGGUGGUAUCGAGAAGCAGUUCCCCGGCGAAGUCCGCGAUAUGAUCCCAUCCCCCAAGGUCGCCACCUACGACCUGGACCCUAAGAUGAGCGCUGCGGCUGUGGGCGACAAGACGGCCGAGCGCAUUGCCGAGAACAACUUCGAGUUCGUCAUGAACAACUUCGCCCCCCCUGACAUGGUUGGCCACACUGGUGUCUACGAGGCUGCCAUCCAGGGUGUUGCUGCCACAGACAAGGCAAUUGGCGUCAUCUACGAGGCCUGCAAGAAGCACGGCUACACUUUGUUCAUCACCGCUGACCACGGAAACGCCGAGGAGAUGCUUACUGAGAAGGGCACCCCCAAGACCUCCCACACCACCAACAAGGUUCCUUUCGUUAUGGCCAACGCCCCCGAGGGCUGGAGCCUCAAGAAGGAGGAGGGUGUUCUCGGAGAUGUUGCUCCCACUGUUCUGGCUGCCAUGGGCAUCGAGCAGCCCGAGGAGAUGUCCGGACGCAGUCUUUUGGUCAAGGCAUAGAUUUAGCGUAUAGAGUAGAUGUCAUGCGUUGUCUGGAUACGGUUCCAUUUAUGAAGAAAUGAAUAAUUACGCUGUGUAUAGUGGGGUGG